AUAGGUAAAAAUCAGGUACUUUUAAACUAAAAAACCGAUUGGGACCCGAACCCGAAAGUAUAUUGGGUUGUAUCGGUUCUUUGAAGAUUUACUAACUCCGACCCGAACCCGAUAGAAUCCGAACCGGUUCCGAUCGAACGUUCAUAUAAUCCGAAUGAGACUGAUUUUGAUAAACCCGAAAAACCAAAACCCGAUUGGAUAAAACCGAAACCCGAUUGGGACCCCGAUUGCCUAGGCCUAAUAAAAUCUAUGGAAAUUUUAUUUUAGAUAUUUUGAUAUACAUUUUUCAUUAAGAAUAAAUAUUGGAUAAUUGUAAUGAACUAGUGAAAAUAUUAAAUAAAUACUAGUUGAAAAUGUGUUAAAACUCAAUGGAGAUUUUAAUCGAUACUUUAGUAAAAUUAUUUACUUAUCAAGGAUUUUGAUAUGAAUUUUUGUUUGUCUUAAAGCAAAUUAAAGUCUAUUUGUUCGAUUUGUUUUUCUUAAAAAAAAUAUUCGCUAAAAAACUAUAUAUAAAUGCAAACUAUGGGCUCAUUUUUUAAAAAAAAAAUUCUUCCAUCUCUCUUUUCAUAGAUUAAUACUGUUUUCUCAGAACAGAUAAUGUAACCAAUGCGUUCAUUUAAUUUAAAUAUAUUUACUUAUUGCAAUCUAUGAAUGAAAAGUGAGCCUCGCUCCUCUAUAUUGCAGUCUCUCUAGCUCGGUGCAAAAGAAUUGAACGAGAAUGAACCAAGAUACACAAAAGUUAACUCUCGAGUUAUUUCCCUUGACCCCUAACGUUGUAAUGAACGUGGUUCCUAUUUCAGACAAGAUAGACCUUGCUCGGAUGAGGCUUCUCUCGAAUGAAGAACGCGAAGAGGAGCAGCAGUACGGUGUCUCAACAGAACUAAAUCUCUUCACUGAUCCAUGGACCAUCAAGAAGGAACUGACCAUAACCGAUAUUAGCUACUUAAACCAUCUUCUUCUAAACACCAGUACCAUACAUCACCACGUACUGAGAUAUCUCCCUGAGUGUGACCGGAAGAUAGUCCAAGAAGGCUGGCCGUUAGCCGUUGACGUGUAUGAUCACGAUACUGAUUCUACGCACCAGAUGCUACUGAGGAAACGGAGCAAGUGUCUUUACUAUGUUCUCACUGGUGGAUGGUUUGUGGAUUUUGUCUGCAGGAGGGCUUUGAAGAUUGAAGACGAGAUCGGAAUGUUUUGGGAUCGUUUUGACUCAAAGCUUCAUUUCAGUGUGCUGUCUCGUGAGCCAGUAGGAGGUAGCUCAGUUUAUGUCCCAGUGGACACUCUACUUCCAGAUACAUAGAACCUUUACUGGGUGUGCUAUACGUUAAUGUUGCUCAUGGUUAUGUCAGUAACAGAGUCGAAACAUAUUUUCUUUUAUGGUAUAUCAUGUGGUUUUUUAUGCAAGUAAUAAACAGAAUCAGCACUAAAUAAUUCAAAAGUUACUCAAAGUUUCAAACUAUCCCGCUUGCUACUGCUUCUGCUUCCUUCACUAUCAAACUACAAAUCAUAAAAGAGAACAAAGAACAGAAAGGACAAUGAAAGCUUGUGGAAGCAGAGAACCUAAAACAUGAUUAAUACUUAACUGAUUUGAUACUCUUGUCUUCCUCUCAGACUAGAAUCAAUACUCAAACCAAUGCUACAAAGGCUGAUGUCUCUAACUCAUCAUCAUACAAAGUCUAUACAUAUCAUCUAACCUUAAAUUUUUUUUUUUUGCAAAUUCACCA